AUGAGCAAUACCACGCACGCCGACCUGUCCUCUUCCACCGAGGGUGGGGUAGGCGUGACCAGCAUGGCUGGCAGCACGCUGCAGACCGGGAUCUUCCCUCUGACAGACUCCAGCCAUCUCUCCCCUGAAGACGACUCCCCACUGAGGGCCCUCCAGAACUACUCCCGAGAUGGCCAGCAAAUUUUCCUGACCACUUCGGCAGCGCAGGUGAUCUCCGGAAUCUUUGUGUGGUCAGCACUGAUUCUCACCAUCCACCAGAUCUACAUGCACCUGAGGAACUACACCAUUCCUAAAGAGCAGCGCUACAUCAUCCGCAUCCUCUUCAUUGUGCCUAUCUACGCCUUCGACUCCUGGCUCAGCCUCCUCCUCAUUGGAAGUCACCAGUAUUACGUGUACUUCAACUCUGUGCGUGACUGCUAUGAAGCAUUUGUAAUCUACAGCUUCCUGAGCCUCUGCUUUGAGUACCUUGGAGGGGAGAGCACCAUCAUGUCUGAGAUCCGGGGGAAGCCCAUCGCGUCCAGUUGCCUUUAUGGGACCUGCUGCCUGCAAGGAAUGUCCUAUUCCAUUGGGUUCCUCAGAUUCUGCAAGCAGGCAACGCUGCAGUUCUGCAUUGUGAAGCCCCUCAUGGCGAUCGUCACCAUUGUCCUGCAGGCAUUCGGGAAAUACCAUGACGGCGACUUCAACAUUCACAGCGGAUACCUCUACAUCACCAUCAUCUACAACUUCUCUGUCAGCAUGGCCCUCUACGCGCUCUUCCUCUUCUACUUUGCCACCCUGGAGCUCCUGCGCCCCUUUGAGCCAGUCCUCAAGUUCCUCACCAUCAAGGCCGUCAUCUUCCUCUCCUUCUGGCAAGGGAUGCUGUUGGCCAUCCUGGAGAAGUGUGGGGUGAUCCCUGAGGUCCAGAUCAUUGAUGGGAAGGAGGUGGGAGCUGGGACGGUAGCUGCCGGCUACCAGAACUUCAUAAUCUGCAUUGAGAUGCUAUUUGCCGCCAUUGCUCUGCGCUAUGCCUUUACCUGCCAGGUAUACAGAGAGAAGAAGGAAAACUCAACAGCAAACGUGGCCCCAAUGCAGAGCAUCUCUAGUGGGCUGAAGGAGACAAUGAGCCCUCAGGACAUUGUCCAGGAUGCCAUCCACAACUUCUCCCCCACAUACCAGCAGUACACCCAGCAGUCCAUGCAGGAGGCGGAGAGAAAAACUCCUGGGCAGAUUGGGCACCCGGCACCCAAAGCUGACGGGCAAAAUAGCAAAAGAAGCAAAAACAUUGAGAAAAGAGUGCUGAUGCUCUCAGACGAUGAACUGUAG